CGACUUCCGACGCGUCUUCGGUGCUGACCGUCUGACCUGCCAAUCUCUCCUCGCAUCCUCGCAUCUGGUUUCCUCCUCUUUCUCCUUCUGCUCAAGUUGUGUUUUGUGGCGGACCUUCCACAGUCGCGGCUUAGUUUAUGGUGGUGGACCUCUCGCAGUCGCGCCCUCUUUAUUGCGAGACCAGGUCCUCGGAUUCUCAGCGGCGGCUGUCUGACGCAGGCGGUGAUCUAGGUCUCGGUUGCAGCCUUGUUUUGCCGUCGAAUUCGUGACCCGCUGGAGCUGGCUCGACAUUAUUUUCGGGCCUGCGGUUCGGUCCUGUGGGUCUGUCGUACGCGGCUUUCUUCGUCGCCACGCUCCUAAGGUGCUAUGGAAGCACGCGCCCAGUUCGCUCACGGAGUGUUUCCAGGCCAAAAAAAGAAUAACAGAAGUUGGAGUGCGUUCGCGUGGACUUGUCCAGCGCCUGCGUGGCGGUGCCGUGUUUCCCCGUCGUUCGCUUCCGCGUGAAUCUUGGAGUUUGUCGCUUCGUCGCCUGUGGUGCUGGGCAGUUGGCGCGCCGUGCCGCCACGUUCAGAAUUGCACAUCCUCGACCUCAUGCUUUCGGUUCUUGCGGUGUUGCUCUUCGGCGAGCCGUGCACUGAGGUGUUGCUGCAGCAAGCGGUAUGGGGCCAGUUGCCGCGGGAGGUUGUGCUGGGUGGGUAUGACGUCUGGCCAGGAUGGUGUCCGUGCGAGGUUUGAGUCCGAUGAGUCUCAUGGGGGCGUUGAGUGUCCGCCCCUACGUUGCUCAUCGCCUGCAAAGUUCGGUUGUCACUUUUUUGGGGUCGUCAUGCAAGUGUCUCGAUAUCAAUGACUCUUCGCGUAUCUCCACCUGCCCAUCCAAGUAAUUACCAGGCGUGGACAAUUUCGGGGUGGAUCUAUCGUGCCUGUCAGAAAGCGGUACAACAUCUACUCGUUUCGUUUCGACAUGGGCGUUCACUCGUCGGCGUGCAGGGUGCUGGCUAGUCGUGUCUCCCCAGUGUGUUACUUGAGCUGUUUUGGAGGCUGAUAUGGUUCUUCUGGUGAUAAAAGUGUGGGUGCGGACAGAGGGGGGGGUCACCAGAAGCCAACGGAUCACCCAGCCCUCGGGGUCAUUCGGGGCCUGCUUGGGGAAGAAUCCAGGGGGCAUCUGAGGAGCGUGGGCGCCACACUGGAGCUUCAAUCGAUGCCACAACAUAUAUCACCUCCCCCCGCCAGGCCAGCCGCGAGGGCAUUCCUGGACACCAUCAAGCCGCCAUUGUCUUGCUCGCGUCCGCGGCGGAGCUGUCGAAGGAGCUGACCUCGAUUUGCCUGGAGAUGCGCGUGGCCCCCGCGCUGGCCGCGGGGGGUGGGUUGGCCCGCUUGAACAGCCGGGUGAAGAGGGUGGAGCUGUCCGCGAAGCUGGUUGUGCCGAUCGUGUUCGGCUGGUUCGCGUCGCGGGUGGCGGGCUCUGCGGCGCUGGUCAUCUCUGUGUCCGUCGCGUUGCUGAUGGGUGCUGCGGUGGUGGGGUGGCUGUGGCGGCAGCUCCCGCUUGGUGAUCUGAGCCGACACGAACGUAUAGUAAGAGAGAAGGAGGGGCGUAGCGCGGGUUCGGCAGAGCUGGGCGUCGGACGCCUUGCGGCGACGGCGCUGCCUGUCUUGGGCAUGAGCCUGGCCUUCUCCAUGCUGUUCUGCUCAGUGCUGAGCGACCAUGACCCUGUCGCGACGGCCUACCUGGCCAGCCAGGGUGUCUCCACCGCCAGGCUGGGCGUGGUGCGCAGCGUGGGCGCGCUGGCGGGCAUCCUGGGCACGUGGCUCUGGCCGCGCUUGCAGGCGCGUCUCGGCACGCUGCCCGGCGCCUCCGUGGCGCUGUGGCUCUUCGUGCUCUGCCUGGCACCCGUGCCCGCGACCUUGGCCUGGUCUCCAAGCCCGAUGCUGCUGCUCGUCUCGCUGUCGCGGCCCUUCCUCUGGGCGUUCGACCUCGCGAUGGUCUCCGUGCUGCAGGAGCUCGUCCCGGCGCGCUGGCGCGGCAAGGCUGCGGGGCUGCAGGCGGUGGCCUGCCAGCUGUUCGAGCUGGCCAUCUCCGCGCUGGCGGUGGCCCUGUCUGGCAGCGAGCGCUUCCCGGCGCUGGCGGGCGCGUCGGUCGGCGCGCUGAUGCUGUCGGCGUGCACGUUCUCCGCGAGCGCGACGCUCCAGAAGCUCAGGUCCCCGCCCUCCGACGCCAUCCCGGUGGCCGAGUACGGGAGGGCCUGACGCGGGCGCGGGCUGCCCCCGAAGGAAAAGGAGGCUGCCGCCCACGUGGCGCGCUCUCCGCGCGUCCACCGAGGCGCUUCAGAGAGGCUUGGGCUCGGGCUGUCUCAAAAUCCCGGGGGCUUGAAGGUUCCGUGGAGCAGCCUCGGGGUCCAGGACCCGUUUCCCUGAGGAACCGUUUCCGUCAUGCCAAAGAGGGCGUUGCGCCGAGCCAGAUAGACAGCCAGUCUCCGGAGAGGGGCAAUCCAUCAGUUUUUAUGUUUUGUUUCAAUGGCCGUUCUGUCCGCGCAUUCCGCGGCUUUGCCAGGG